AAUUUACAGCAACGCAACACAAUGGCCGGAAUUAAGCGCGAAUCUACGGCUGCUGCCGCGCCUGCGAAAAGCAAAAAGGACAAGUCAGAGAAGAAAUCGUCAAUGAGCGAUUCCAAGCAUGCUGUAAAGCCUGCGAAGAAGAGCAAAAAGGUCGCUGAAGAUCUCGAAGAAUCGGAUACCAGCGAGCAGGAGAACGGUUACAACGGCUUUUCUGCGAACCCAGACGUUGAAAUGGCAGAUGGCGAUUCGGAGGAGCAGCCAAAGUCUAAGACGCAGAAGCGCAAAGCGGAGGAUGGGCCCACAGAGAAGAAGAAGAAGUCUAAGUACGAGACACCGAAGGAGAUCUCUUCCAAGCUUGCCGAUAUGCAUGCCAGCAACUCCCGCGAAGCACACGCAAAGCAGAAGGCCCUCGCCAAAGAACGAAAGAACGCUAAGCCCAACGCCGACGUUAUCGAGCGAUCCAAGAAGCUGUGGGAGAAGUUGCGUCUGAAGUCGCACGUCGAGAAGGAUGAGAGGAAAGAGCUCAUCAAAGAGCUGUUCGAGAUCAUUACUGGCCGAGUGAAGGAUUUUGUGUUCAAGCACGACUCCGUACGCGUCAUUCAGACAGCAAUCAAGUACUCGACCAUGGAACAAAGGAGGAUGAUUGCGCGCGAACUGAAGGGCGAGUUCAAAGUCUUGUCUGAGGGCAAGUACUCGAAGUUUUUGAUCGCCAAGUUGGUCGAGAAGGGUGACCCCGAGAUUCGUGAUCUCAUCAUUACCGAGUUCUACGGACACGUCAAGCGCAUGAUCAACCACCCCGAGGCAGCAUGGAUACUGGACGAUAUCUACAGAGCAGUUGCAACAUCAGAGCAAAAGAACCGUCUUUUGCGUGAGUGGUAUGGAGCAGAGUUCUCCAUCAAGGGCCUUGGACCGCAAGGCACAGAUACCGCCGACCUGGCCACCAUCCUCGAGGAGUCGCCAGAGAAGAGGAAACCCAUCAUGAGCUAUCUCGAGAACCAAAUCAACUCGCUCAUCCAGAAGAAGCUCAACGGCUUCACCAUGCUGCACGAUGCGAUGUUGCAAUACUUCCUGGUCUGCGAACCAGGCACAGAGCAAGCGAACGACUUCCUCGAGCACCUCAAGCCUGACCCAACACUGAAAGAAGGAGAGGAGGCCGACAAUGUGGACUUGAUGAAGAACCUUGCAUUCACAAAGUCAGGUUCGCGACUCGUAUCGCUUUGUUUUGCAUACGGCUCAGCAAAGGACCGCAAGCUGUUCCUGCGACCAUACAAGGACACCAUCGAGACCAUGGCAUUCGACCAGCAUGCGCACCACGUGCUUCUUGCCGCCUUGGCUGUCACCGACGACACCAAGCUCUCUUCGAAGUCGAUAUACAGUGAGCUCCUGCCCAGCAACGAUGCCCUCCCAGAGAAGGUCCUUAACCUCUGCAAUGACGCCCGCGCCCGUACCGUUCUCCUCUACCCCUUCGCCGCCGACGCCAAAUGGUUCCUCGACGACAACACACGCGAUCGUCUCACGGAGGUCUACACCAUCCGCCAAACAACAUCGAAGAAGGACCCCAACACGCGUCUGCAAGAGAUCACAAAGAGCAUCGAAGCGCCCCUGCUCAACGCCAUCACCGCGCGUGCCGCUGACUUCGCAUCCUUCACGUUUGGUCUGCAGUUCAUGGGCGAGAUCCUGGUCGGCGCGCCCGAAGUCGAGCCCAAGACACGCAAGGAGGCACUCAGCGAGGUUGCUCGCUUGUCGCAAUCAAUCCUCGACGCUUCGUUGCCCGCUAGCGCUGGAGACAACAAGGCCACCAGCCACGGCAAGAACAUGCUGAAGACGCUCGUUCAGGGCGGCAAAUUCGACCCCAAGACCAAGAAGGUCGUGCCUGUGACCCCAGCCCUUGGGUUCGCAGACAUGCUGUGGGCAGAGAUCAAGAACAACGUCAUUGACUGGGCGACCGGCGAGGGCUCGUUUGUGAUUGUUGCACUGACUGAGGCCGAGGGCUUCGAGAAGAAGAGCGAGGUGUUGAAGGCGCUGAAGAAGGAUAGGAAGAAGCUGGAGGCUGCUGCUGGGCCGGCGAAGAGUAAGGAUGAUGUGAAGGGGAAGAAGGGGAAGAAGGGCGAGAAGAAGGAUGAUGCGCCGAGGGGCAAUGCUGGUGCGAGGAUAUUGCUUGAGAAGCUGUAG